AUGAGCACGGCGGCCGGGGGAGUGCUUGAAGAGUGGGGCCGGGAGGACGGGAGCAGGCAAUCAGAACGUGGAACAUUCCGCGAAGGUGCCCUGCUGGUGCUGCCGCCUCCUUCCAGUAACUACUAUGUAACCCUGAAGCGAAAACGGGUCCGGCCCUCCAGUGGGAAGGACCCGGUUUCCAUGCCAGUCACGCUGCACAGCACAGGACUGACUCUGAAGGCCAGUCCAGUCUCGGUUUAG